AUGGCCGAGCGCCGAGUGCCCUUCUCGCUCCUGCGGGGCCCCAGCUGGGACCCUUUCCGCGACUGGUAUCCGGCCCACAGCCGCCUCUUCGACCAGGCCUUCGGGCUGCCCCGGCUGCCCGAGGAGUGGUCGCAGUGGCUGAGCCACAGCGGAUGGCCGGGCUACGUGCGCGCGCUGCCCGCCGCCGCGAUCGAGGGUCCCGCCUACAACCGCGCGCUCAGCCGGCAGCUCAGCAGCGGGGUCUCCGAGAUCCAGCAGACCGCCGACCGCUGGCGCGUGUCCCUGGACGUCAACCACUUCGCCCCCGAGGAGCUGACGGUCAAAACCAAGGACGGCGUGGUGGAGAUCACUGGCAAGCACGAGGAAAGGCAGGACGAGCACGGCUUCAUUUCCCGUUGCUUCACUCGCAAAUACACGCUGCCCCCCGGUGUGGACCCCACCCUGGUCUCCUCCUCCCUGUCCCCUGAGGGCACGCUCACCGUGGAGGCCCCGUUGCCCAAGUCAGCCACGCAGUCGGCGGAGAUCACCAUUCCCGUCACCUUCCAGGCGCGUGCCCAGCUUGGCGGCCCCGAAGCUGGGAAGUCCGAACAGCCGGCAAGCAAGUAA